GUGUCGGGAAGGCGGCGGGCUAGUGCCACCUUCGGUGGCGGCGGCGGCGGGAGCUAUGGUGGGUGGCGAGGCUGCCGCCUCAGUGGAGGAGCUCGUUUCCGGGGUGCGGCAGGCGGCCGACUUCGCCGAGCAGUUCCGCUCCUACUCGGAGAGCGAGAAGCAAUGGAAAGCGCGCAUGGAGUUCAUCCUGCGCCACCUGCCUGACUACCGAGACCCACCCGACGGCGGCGGCCGCCUGGACCAGCUGCUGUCCCUAUCCAUGGUCUGGGCCAACCACCUCUUCCUGGGUUGCAGUUACAAUAAAGACCUUCUGGACAAGGUGAUGGAAAUGGCUGAUGGGAUUGAAGUGGAAGACCUGCCACAGUUUACAACCAGAAGUGAAUUAAUGAAAAAGCAUCAGAUCUAAGGCCACAUUGCCACCCCUAGGGACAGGCUUAGAAAGGAGGCCGGGGUGGAGGUGACUGAACCGUGGCAGCUCUUGAAUUCCUGGUGUUUGCAUCCUGGAAGCAGCUGGAAUGGAAAGGAAUGUGUCUACAAGGGCUCCAAAGAAGUCUUGGUUUUUCCAGAAGCUGUUGCUGUAAAAAUACAUAUGCAUAUUUAUGAAUGGCGAACUCUCCGAAAUUCCAUCAGCUUCGUCCAAGCCAAAACUUUGUUUGAAAUGCCUUUUAUGUUGUUAUAAUAAUGACAGGUGAUGAAUUUUAUAAUUUGAUGUUUUUAGCAGAGUGCUUUUAAAUGUAAUUCUGGUUUUUGCCUCACCCCACCCAUUUUUGUCCUGAGGUAAGCCAGAUUCUCCUUAUUUCUAUCUGAACCCACUCUAUACUUGUACCUCACUGCCGAUGGCCACCGAAGGACUGUGCGCUAACCAACUGAUCAUCAGAGCACCCCCACUGCUGGGCUCUCAGAUCUUUGUGUAGGAAAUGGGAGUCAUGCUGUAGGCCUGAAGUAGCUGAGCUAGCUCAUAGAAGGAGGAAGCUCACACAAAAUCAUCUGGCCUCAUUUUACAGUUCACUGAGGGCCGGAGAUGUAGCUCAGUGGGAGAGCGCUUGCUUAGCAUCUUGAGAUCCUGGCUUGGUCCCCAGUGUUGUAGAGAGAGAGAAAUAGCUAGUCAGAUGAAAAAUGCCUGCAAGUUGAUACAGCUUUGUUCAGCCGGCUAGCUGAUUUCUAGACUCGAGGUCUCCUAGGCUGCUCACAUGCCUGCAUUCUCUUUGUUUCUAGAAGGCUUUCAGACUUGAACUGCCUUGCACAUCGCCUCUAGAUUGUAGUCUUGCUUUGCUCUGAGAUGUAUUGAUAUUCCACCUGAGAGCUGAUCUGUCUGUUCUGAACCCCCUUCCAGUUCCUUCUACUUAGUCUCCCCAUCAGGUAAAUGCCCGAACUGUGGGCAGCAGUGGAGCAGUGUACCACGGCAGGACUCAUCAAUGGCAGGCCCAUUAUGGUCAGUAAGACAGUGGAGUCUGCCUUGGCUUUAUCUUCUGGAUACAGGAAAUUAGACACCCAGAAGCUGGGGCCAGUGAUGUCUGGUGUCAGAUCAGUGGGACGACAUUCUUGUUGGUGGCUUGAGAUGAAGGCCACAUCUUUGUGUGGUUCCUAACUCCAGUCCCCAGUGACCAGGAUAGAUCAGGAGUCAAGAUCAUUGAUCUGCAACCUUGGACAAACUCCCCCAGGCAAUGGAGGUCAGGUCGCCAGUUACAGAGGCCUUGGCAAGGUAGUGACUGAUAGAGCUGAGCUCUGUACUCACUGAGACUUAGCUUUAUCUCCUCCUCAAAUGCAUCCUUGCCCUCUUCCCAUUCUAAUCAUUUGUCAGAUUUGUGAGGCUUAAAACAAAAUGAACAAUUGUGAUGGUUCACUUUAAAAUGCACUUUCCAUAGCUCGGUGAUUUUAUUUUCUGUGUACAACCCCCAAUAAAACAGCUUUCCAUUAAAUGAA